CUUAAAAGACUCAAGCUCAGAGCAAGGAGGUUGAGCUGUAGUUUCGUAAACCCACCAAAAUUCAGUUAUUCUUGGCCGGCCCAGCUUCUGUGGCUCGUGCAAGGCACCUAGGUGAAAACUUAAGUAGAUGAAGUCUCAAUUGUCGACGCGGGUUGGCACUGGCUCUGCGCGGCCGAUGAUUCACGGCGUGGCCACCGCCCGGCCGGGUGUGCCUGCCGCCUCCACCCCCGCCGCUGCCGCUGCCACGACGCCCGUGUCUGCCGCGGUCGCCACUGCCAGCCCCUCCGCCGCCUCUCCCGGCCCCUCCCCAGUGGACUUUACAUCCUUUCGUGGAGUGCUGUUUGAUGUCGACGGCACGCUGGUCGAGUCCGACCCCCUGCACUUCAAGGCGUUCCAGGAGAUCCUGAGUGAGCUGGGCUACAACGGUGGCCAGCCCAUCAGCGAGGACUUCUUCCGCCACCACAUCAGCGGCCGACACAACCCAGAGAUUGCGGCUGACCUGUUUCCGGACUGGCUCGAGGAGCGCCGCACGCAGUUCUACAUGGACAAGGAGGAGCGCUAUCGGCGGUUGGCGGCUCAGGGUCUGGAAGCGCUGCCGGGUUUGCGUGAGUUCCUGGACUGGGUGGCGGCGCGGGGCCUGCGCCGCGCCGCCGUCACGAACGCCCCGCGCGCCAAUGCCGAGAUGAUGCUGACGGCCCUGGGGCUGGAUGGCUACUUCGAGCACCUGGUGUUGGGCGAGGAGUGCACUCGCGCCAAGCCGCACCCCGACCCCUACCUCACAGCCAUGGAGCUGCUGGGGCUGCAGCCGGGGGAGUCUCUGGUGUUUGAGGACUCGCCCUCGGGCGUGCGGGCGGGUGUGGCGGCGGGCUCCCCCGUCAUUGCGCUCACAACAGGGCAGCAGCCAGAGGUGCUGGCGGCAGCGGGCGCGGUGUGGAUCAUCCGGGACUUCCGGUGCGUGAUGGACGCCAUUCGGGAGGCCGAGGCGCGGCAGCAGCAGCAGCAGCAGCAGCAGCAGCAGCAGCAGCAGUAGAAGCGGUAGGAGUAGCAGUGGCAGCAGGAGGAGCAGGAGCAGUAGAAGCGGCAGCAGUGGACGUGGCAGCAGGAGCAGCAAGAGCAGAAGCAGCGGUAGCAGGAGCGAAGGAUUCGGCCUUCCUGGCUAUCUGGUCAGGUGGCGCUGUUGAGAGGGAGCGUGCGCAGGCGCCUGCAGAUUGUGGUGUACACUGCGUUUGGUGAGUUGACAUGAGCGGCAGAGCGGGCUAAUGAAUCGGACGGAGCUCAUCAGCAGUGGCUCGAUAUAUUGUGAGGAGAGGAUACGGUAGGAGCAGAACGGAGUGUGAGUUGGUGCCGUGUAGCGCUGUGAGGGAAAGAUGUUGACAUGAGAGAGAGGCUGCACCGUUCCGGUUGGAGGGGCAUGCUGUGCAGCGGUGAGCCGGUGAUACCAGUAAUUGAGAGUGCAUCGAAGAAUAACAAUCCAAUGCCGGUACCGGUAGUCUGCGAUAUGGUGGUGCAGGGCGUCGAGGGCAGGUGAGGGGCAGAGUGAGGGUUACGUGAGUGGGACGGUGACAGGCUGCAGUGGAGCGAGCGGGCCGUGCACCUGGCAGAGGCAGUGAGCACUUAAAUGACGGUGCCUGGACGAAGGGAGAUGCCGGCCAGUAGCGAGGGGAGCGAGCCAUGGUGUCUGCGCAUGAGCAGCCGUCAGAGGGUGAGAGUGCGGCUGCCCGAAUGGGGGCGUGAAACGUGCGGCCGAUUGGGCGGGCGGAACUCUCGGGCUGUAACUCGGCUGUAACUCCAAAAGCCU